UUUUUUUUCCUCGACAGACCGCAGUUGCCCGUUCGUCUUCUACCUUCUUCAACUGUUUGUUUCUGUUCAUUUUUUCUCUAAAUUCCGAUGAAGCUCGAUACUAGCGGCCUCCAACCUUUCGUUCCCCACUGCCGUUCGCUCGACGAUUUCCGCUGCGACAUAUCUGGAUCCCCUUCUUUCGAACUUCCCAGCUGCCCUGAUUUUGAUGCAUUUCAGAAAAAGGCUGUACAGAUGGUGAAGCCGGCAAAGGGAACGACCACGCUUGCAUUCAUUUUUAAGGAAGGUGUCAUUGUCGCUGCUGAUUCCCGAGCCAGUAUGGGCGGAUAUAUCUCUUCGCAAACCGUGAAGAAAAUUAUCGAGAUAAAUCCAUACAUGAUUGGCACAAUGGCAGGGGGGGCUGCAGAUUGCCAAUUCUGGCAUAGGAACUUAGGUAUCAAGUGCCGUCUGCAUGAACUGGCAAACAAGCGAAGGAUUUCUGUUACAGGCGCUUCCAAGCUACUGGCAAAUAUUCUUUACUCGUACCGAGGAAUGGGCCUUUCUAUUGGUACCAUGAUUGCUGGGUGGGAUGAAACGGGGCCAGGCUUGUAUUAUGUGGACAGCGAAGGAGGCAGGCUCAAGGGAAAGCGAUUCUCUGUUGGCUCUGGAUCACCUUAUGCUUAUGGUGUUCUUGACAGUGGAUAUCACUAUGAAAUGUCAAUUAAAGAAGCAUCAGAGCUUGCUAGGCGGGCUAUUUAUCAUGCAACUUUCCGAGAUGGCGCGAGUGGUGGAGUUGCUAGUGUUUAUUAUGUCGGGCCUGAUGGUUGGAAGAAGCUUUCUGGUGAUGAUGUUGGUGAGCUUCACUAUAGGUAUUACCCAGUUUUUCCUGCCACUGUGGAACAGGAGAUGGCCGAAGCCUCAACAACGUAAGGGCUAAUACUUCAUAAUGCUAUCAGUCCGUUGCUACAUCAAAAAUACUCUUCGUAAGUGUUCUUGUAAGAAUCAAUCCAAGUACCUCGCACAUUUAAAUAUAAUGAUCCUUUUAACUUUGAAACUAUUGUUAUUGCA